AUGUACCGGGGAAGACAAUCCAACCGGGGGAUUGUUGGCUGGUACGCAGGAUUUUCGAACCAGAACCCGCGUCCAGGGAUGAGUAGUCCAACCGGGGGACGGAACUCCAUAGCUCACACGCCGGCACUGCCAACGACACGUGUAGCUCACAAAUCUCAUAUCAAGUCCUACGCGCGCAGACAGUAUCAUCACACACCGGCACUGCCAACGCGUGUGUGA